UCCAAUAAUAGCUAGCUAUAGCCGCCGUCUCAGCUAGCUCCCCCAUCCCUGUUGAUUCCCUUCACGUCCGUACUAUAGCUAGCUACCUGCAGCAGCAUCUGGUUCUUUCUGAUAGAUAGCUAUAGCUAGAUCAUCGAUGGAAGCAGCCGCAGCAGCUGCAGGCGGCGGGUCGUCGUCGUCUUUGGUGUUCCGCGGGUGCCCGCUGCCUCCGGGGUUCCGCUUCCAGCCCACUGACCAGGAGAUCAUCGUCUACUACCUCAAGAAGAAGAUCGCCGCCGCAGCCGCCGCCGUCACCUCCAUCAUCGCCGACGUCGACAUCUACAAGUUCGACCCAUGGGAGCUCCCGGACAAGGCCGUCUUCGGCGACGGCGAGUGGUUCUUCUUCAGCCCUCGCGACCGCAAGUACCCCAACGGUGCCCGCCCCAACCGCACCGCCGGCUCCGGCUACUGGAAGGCCACCGGCACCGACAAGCCCAUCCUGGCGCCCGGCGGCGCCCACUGCCUCGGCGUCAAGAAGGCCCUCGUCUUCUACCAGGGACGCUCCCCCAAGGGCACCAAGACCGAGUGGGUCAUGCACGAGUACAGACUCCUCGACACCGACGCCGCCCUCCUCACCAGGCCGCCGACCAACUCCAUGAGGCUCGACGACUGGGUCCUCUGCCGCGUCCGCAAGAAGCAGCACGGCGUCGACGACUGGGUCCACUACUCAUCAUCACCAUCCGAGCCAACCACAACGACGACACCCACCCGCAACGCCGCAGUAGUCCUCCCACCCGCAGAAGCAGUCGUUCCACUCCCACCCGCCACCGCCACCUACGACGCCGGCAUCGACUGGAUGAACAGCGACGGCCAGCUGCUGCACUACCUAAUAGGCGGUCACGGCGCCGGCGCCGGCGCCGGCUCCGGCUCACCACCCCCGGACCCCUCCGCCGGCGCCUCUGCACAUCCCGCCGGGGACAGCGCGCCGCCCCACUCCUCCCUGGUCUCCGUCCUCGAGACCAUCAAGAGGAACCUCUCGUUCCAGGCCAUCGACGAGCUCUACCUCCUGCAGCCCAGCAAGCGCGCCAACUGCAUGAUGGUUAGGGGCGACGACGAGCAGACGUCGUCCUUCUCUGUAUCGGAGGCCGACGACGAGGUGUUCUUCUAG